GGGCGCCGGCUCCGGGGCUGUCAGCGCGGGGCUGCGACGGCGCGAGGAGGCGCGCGAGAGGAAGGAGCUACGGCCGCCGCCGCGGGGGGACUAGAUCCAAUCCCUCUCUGGAACUUCUAAACAUCUUCUUUUAGUGGAAACGUUGUUUUCUACACAAUGAAGUCAACAUCUUAAUUUAAACCAGCAUUCAUGUGGUUCUGAUUCAUCUGCUAUGGUUCAUGAAGCUUGAGAUCUAAGGCAUACAGGGUCUUUUGCGAUGACAAUAUGACUAAUAGUAAAGGAAGAUCUAUUACUAACAGAACAAGUGGUGGUCCAAGUAGUGGAGGAGGUUUUGUAGACUGGACUUUAAGUUUAAAUACAAUUCAAUCUGAUAAGUUCUUAAACUUACUGUUGAGUAUGGUUCCGGUAAUUUACCAGAAAAACCAGGAAGACAGGCACAAAAAAGGAAACAGCAUUUGGCAAGAUGGGUUAUCAACUGCAGCACAAACUUUUAGUAAUAGAUCUGAACAACACAUGGAAUAUCACAGUUUCUCAGAGCCAUCUUUUCAUGGCAACAGUGGGCACACGCCAUCAAGCUGUAGCCAAAAGUAUGAUGACUACGCCAACUACAAUUAUUGUGAUGGAAGGGAGGCUUCAGAAACUACGGCCAUGUUACAAGAUGAAGAUGUAUCUAGAGAUGGUGAUGAAGAUGUCAUUGUGGAAGCAAGCCAGAAAUUACCAAAGGAGUCCAGUGGUGUCAUGGCACUGCAAAUACUUGUGCCAUUUUUGUUAGCUGGCUUUGGAACAGUCUCAGCUGGCAUGGUUUUGGAUAUAGUCCAGCACUGGGAGGUGUUCAAAAAAGUAACAGAAGUUUUCAUUUUAGUUCCUGCACUUCUUGGUCUCAAAGGGAACUUGGAAAUGACAUUGGCAUCCAGAUUAUCCACUGCAGUAAAUAUUGGGAAGAUGGAUUCACCCAUUGAAAAGUGGAACCUAAUAAUUGGCAACUUGGCUUUAAAACAGGUUCAAGCAACAGUAGUCGGCUUUCUAGCAGCUGUGGCAGCAAUUAUAUUGGGCUGGAUACCAGAGGGAAAAUACUAUCUUGAUCAUUCCAUACUUUUGUGCUCUAGCAGUGUAGCAACUGCCUUCAUUGCAUCUCUUCUGCAGGGAAUAAUAAUGGUUGGGGUUAUCGUUGGUUCAAAGAAGACUGGGAUAAAUCCCGACAAUGUUGCUACACCCAUUGCUGCUAGUUUUGGCGACCUUAUAACUCUUGCCAUAUUAGCUUGGAUAAGUCAGGGUUUGUACUCCUGUCUUGAGACCUAUUACUACAUUCCUCCAUUAGUUGGUGUCUUUUUCUUGGCUCUAACUCCUAUCUGGAUUAUAAUAGCUGCCAAACAUCCAGCCACAAGAACGGUUCUCCACUCAGGCUGGGAGCCUGUGAUAACAGCUAUGGUUAUAAGUAGCAUUGGGGGCCUUAUUCUGGACACAACUGUAUCUGAUCCAAACUUGGCUGGGAUUGUUGUUUACACACCAGUUAUUAAUGGUAUUGGUGGUAAUUUGGUAGCCAUUCAGGCUAGCAGGAUUUCUACUUAUCUCCAUUUACACAGCAUUCCAGGAGAACUGCCUGAUGAACCCAAAGGUGGUUACUACCCACUUAGAACUUUUUUUGGUCCAGGAGUAAAUAAUAAGUCUGCUCAAGUUCUACUGCUUUUAGUGAUACCUGGGCAUUUAAUUUUCCUCUACACUAUUCAUUUGAUGAAAAGUGGUCACACUUCUUUAACUGUAAUCUUCGUAGUAGUAUACUUAUUUGCUGCUGUGUUACAGGUGUUUACCUUGCUGUGGAUCGCUGACUGGAUGGUCCAUCAUUUCUGGAGGAAAGGAAAGGACCCGGAUAGCUUCUCCAUCCCCUAUCUGACGGCAUUGGGUGAUCUGCUCGGGACAGCCUUGUUAGCCUUAAGUUUUCAUUUUCUUUGGCUUAUUGGAGAUCGAGAUGGAGAUGUUGGAGACUAAUAAAUCCUACAAACUGCUCUCAAGUUACCAAGAAGGAAAACACAAAGACAACCACUUAUGGCUCUUUUUCAAAAAUUUUAAUUCAGUAGUUUGAUUUCUGCGAGGGUAAUCUUCAGUUGGCCCUGAAUCCAUUAAAUGGCCUUAACAUUUUUUUUUUAAAGAAUUUGUGCUGAAACCAGAAUGAACAGUAUUUGUGCUGCUUUUCAUAGAAUAAAUGAUAAUUUGACAUAGACAUAGACACAAGCUCAAGCUCUGAAAUUAAUUAAAUAGGAAAGAAUAUAGGAUGUUUACAAUGAAUAAUUUUAAAACCACAAACGUAGCAGAAAUGUAAUGUAUUACUGUUUAACUCAUAAUGCCACGUUAAAGGAAACAGAGUUCUGGUUUAGCCUUUCUUGUCUCACAGAUGUGUUGUACUGCAAAGCAGACUUUAAAAUGAAAGGGGCCCAAUCAAGCUUGUAAUAGUUCUAACUAUGCCCACCUCUCUGCCAGCUGAGGAUCCAUUUACCAAUUACUUUGCUCCUAACCUGACCUCAAUAUGUUCUGCUGAGUAUGAGAUAAACUCACUUUUACCUGUUUGUAUGAAUUUCCCUGUGCUGAUGCUAAUUUAAUUUCAACUCUGCACGUUCUCGGCAGGCUACCCUUUAAACACAGAAUGGCCUUUAAUGAAAGCAAUGGGUCAUUUUUUUUUUUUUUGGCCGUGCCAUGUGGCAUGCGGGCUCUUAGUUGCCUGACCAAGGAUCGAUCCCUUGCCCCUGCAUUGGGAGCUCAGAGUGCUAACCACUGGACCGCCAGGGACGUCCCAUCAGUGGGUCAGUUUUGAUCAUUGAUUUGUUGAAAGAAUGUUGAUCUUUUUCUGAAGACUUAAUAGUCCAAAAUGAGAUAACAUGAGCUGUGUUUGUAGAAACAAGAUGAUGUGAGAAAUCGUGUGUGUGUGUGUGUGUGUGUGUGUGUGUGUGUGUGGUGUGUGAAAGAGAGAGACAGAAGCUUUUGAUGGAGAGCUAAAUCUUUGCUAAAAAUUGUUGAUAGCAAAGAUCAUAGUGGGAUAUUAGCAUUCUGUGGUUAUUCUUUAGCACAUUUUAUUGGUAUGCUUUUGUCAUGUGGUGCAAAAAUUUUGCUACUGGCCAGAAUUUAGUAUUUGUUACCUACCUUAUAAUUAAUACUUUCUUCUCAUUAAAAAAAACUGUACCAUUUAAUAUAACCAAGCUAUCAUAAGAUUUAGAAUGAGCAAAUGAUUCAUUCAUUCCUCUUAAGAACUCUAUUGAAACUUGUAGGCUUACCAUUUUAAAGGAGAAAUUGGUGGGGUUACUUCGGUUAUUGUUCAUGCCUGUGCACAUCAUCUGUUUGCACAGGCUGAUUUCUACGUGGGAGACUAUCAGGUACACUACUAUGUUUCUCAAAUAUUUUUCUAAAACUCUGAUUGUAUUCUGAACACUUGAUCAACACCUUAGUUAUUCAAUAGGUAAGCAUUUUUAUAUUACAUAUAGUUCAUUUUUUUAAAAAAUGCAGUGGAAUCUCUCAAGACUGUCAGAUAUUUAAUAAUUUAACUGAUAAAGGGAA